AUGUCCCUACCAUCCCCACCUUCCUCCCCCAUGUCCCACCCAUCCCCACCUUCCUCCCCCAUGUCCCUGCCAUCCCCACCUUCCUCCCCCAUGUCCCUGCCAUUCCCACCUUCCUCCCCCAUGUCCCUGCCAUCCCCACCUUCCUCCCCCCAUGUCCCUGCCAUCCCCACCUUCCUCCCCCAUGUCCCCAUGUCCCUGCCAUCCCCACCUUCCUCCCCCAUGUCCCUGCCAUCCCCACCUUCCUCCCCCAUGUCCCUGCCAUCCCCACCUUCCUCCCUCAUGUCCCUGCCAUCCCCACCUUCCUCCCCCAUGUCCCUGCCAUUCCCACCUUCCUCCCCCAUGUCCCUGCCAUCCCCACCUUCCUCCCCCAUGUCCCUGCCAUCCCCACCUUCCUCCCCCAUGUCCCCAUGUCCCUGCCAUCCCCACCUUCCUCCCCCAUGUCCCUGCUAUCCCCACCUUCCUCCCCCAUGUCCUGCCAUCCCCACCUUCCUCCCCAUGUCCCUUAUGUCCCUGCUAUCCCCACCUUCCUCCCCCAUGUCCCUGCCAUCCCCACCUCUCUUCUCGAUGUCCCCAUGGCCCUGCCAUCCCAACCUUCCUCCCCAUGUCCCUGCCAUCCCCACCUUCCUCCCCAUGUCCCUGCCAUCCCCACCUUCCUCCCCCAUGCCUCUGCCAUCCCCACCUUCCUCCCCCAUGUCUCUGCCAUCCUCACCUUCCUCCCCCAUGUCCCUGCCAUCCCCACCUUCCUCCCCCAUGUCCCUGCCAUCCCCACCUUCCUCCCCCAUGUCCCAUGUACCUGCCAUCCCCACCUUCCUCCCCCAUGUCUCUGCCAUCCUCACCUUCCUCCCCCAUGUCCCUGCUAUCCCCACCUUCCUUCCCCAUGUCCCUGCCAUCCCCACCUUCCUCCCCCAUGUCCCAUCCCCACCUUCCUCCCCCAUGUCCCUGCCAUCCCCACCUUCCUCCCCCAUGUCUCUGCCAUCCUCACCUUCCUCCCCCAUGUCCCUGCCAUCCCCACCUUCCUCCCCCAUGUCUCUGCCAUCCUCACCUUCCUCCCCCAUGUCCCUGCUAUCCCCACCUUCCUUCCCCAUGUCCCUGCCAGCCCCACCUUCCUCCCCCAUGUCCCUGCCAUCCCCACCUUCCUCCCCGAUGUCCCUGCCAUCUCCACCUUCCUCCCCAAUGUCCCUGCCAUCCCCACCUUCCUCCCCCAUGUCCCUGCCAUCUCCUCCUUCCUCCCCCAUGUCCCUGCCAUCUCUACAAAGCGUGCAGUCAACGCUCACACAGAUAUUCAACUUUAGCACAAAUGUACAUCCGGGAGACUGCGCCAGGAAAUUAGUUACAACUAUCCAUGCAUAA